AUGACCCUGUUUUGCCGCUCUUCGAGUUACACUAUUCUAUGUUUACGGGACUUCACGCGUACGGAUGCUUGUGGAUGCAUGUGGGAGUCGAUCAAGAAGUCAAAGAACCAACCCCGAAAUGGCAUAUAUGCAGUUGACCCGCUCAUCGCUUCGAGUAUCGCGUGUAUGCAACCGUACGAGAUGGUAUUUCCUCCUCACGGAUAUAAACUUGCGACGGCGUUGUGGCUUGACUGUGCGCCUCCUCUUGGUUUCGGUGCUCUUGUCGACGACAUGACUCGCAACAGCACUGACUCUGCGACCGUUGCAGAGAACGCGAUUCUCGAAUCGCGGCCCUCUUUUGAGGGUUUCCGAGUGCGCUCGGCUGAUGAGCCGCGGCCAGUGGACGAGCAAGGCGACGAUACGGAGUUCUACCUUGAGCCCCAUGCUGCUCACUCGCACGCCCGGGCCCACGAUACUGAAAAGGGCGCUGAGGAUCGGGUCUCUACGCGCGACUCAUUCGACGAGAAGGAAAAGCAAGCGCAUGCGGAUGUCCUCUAUGUGGACUUUGAAGAUGGCGACCCGAAGAAUCCGAUCCAUUUCUCCAACACGCGGAAGUGGAUCAUAACUUUCGUCGCCUGCUACUUCACCACCAUCAGCGCCGCCACUGCUUCGUCGUACUCUUCGGGAAUGCCCUCUAUGAUCGAGGACCUGAACUGCUCGCAAAUUCUUGCCACGCUGGGUCUGAGCGUAUACCCGCUGGGCUUCGGCGUCGUCCCGUUGUUCUCCGCGCCAUUUUCGGAGGAACUGGGUCGAUGGCCGUUAUAUGCGGCUUCAUCGCUUGGUUUCACCCUCAUGCACGUCAUGGUCGGACGCGCGGACAAUAUCGCUACCGUCAUCCUUGGACGAUUCUUAGGCGGCGCUUUUGGUUCCACUGGCUCAACUAUGGUGUCGGGAACCAUCGCCGACAUAUGGUUGCCCCGCGAGCGAGGUUUGCCCAUGGCCAUGUUCUCCUUGACGGCGAUCGCAGGAACUGGAAUGGGUCCCGUAGCGGCAGGAUGGAUCGAGGCUAAUCCGCAUCUUCAAUGGAGGUGGAUCCAGUACAUUCAUAUCAUCGCCGCCGGGCUUUGUUUUGUCUUCGCAGUCACUCUGAUGAAGGAGACUCGGGCGCCUGUCAUCCUGACUCGCCGUGCGAAGAAGCUGCGCAAGGAAACGGGCGAUGACCGCUAUCGUUCCCGCGCCGAGGAAGAACUUCCGAGUCUGCGUACCCUUCUGUACAUCUCUUUGACGCGGCCACUCCUCUUGCUCUUCACCGAGCCAGUUGUCACAAGCUUCAGUUGCUGGAUCGGCUUUGCGUGGGGUGUGCUUUACUGCAUCAUCGAGUCCGUUGCGCCCGCCUUCCGCACCGUCCAUCACUUUGGCACUGGCGAAGUUGGUACCGUGUUCGCAGCUUUAGUCGUCGGUUCAUUCUUGGGUGUCGCGUCCAACAUACACCAGGAGCGCCUCUAUCGCAAGCACUUUCCGAAGCAUGGCCCGGAAGCGCGUUUGUACUGGGCGAUGGGCGCAGGCAUCCUCUUCCCGAUUGGCAUCUUCCUCUACGCUUGGACCGCCUACGAGAACGUUCAUUGGUUAGCGAUGGUCAUCGGUCUCACGCUCUUCAUGUGGGCGACGUUCAUGAUCUACCUGGGCAGCUUCACCUACCUAGCUGACUGCUACGGACCAUACGCCAGCUCCGCGAACGCCGGGCAAAGCUUGUUCCGGAAUAUGAUGGGUUUCGCCUUCCCUCUGUUUACGACGCAGAUGUUCGACAAGCUCGGAUACCAUUGGGGUAACACCCUCUUCGGCUGCAUCGCUGUGCUCAUGAUCCCGGUCCCUUUCGUCCUCUACCGUUUCGGCCCAGUGAUCCGGAGCAAGAGCGUGUUCUCACAGAAGGCCAUGGAGGCUCAGGCGCACCAUCGCUGA